GAGAUUCUUCCUCUUUCCUAGUCGGCGAACAAUCCACAUAACCAAUCAGGACGAGAUGGGCUUGACUGAGACCUGGUCGCACCGUCGCACUCGUUAUUUCCACCACUCUAGUUGAAAACGAAUAUCUUGUCUGCUGCCGCAAGAGUCCGUCUGACCCUCCGCCAGAGGCGAAGACUUUCUCCAUGUCUCGAUUCCUCAAUCCGGCCAAAAUUGGCCUUCUCGCCCUCAUCGAAUUGUAUACAAACAAUACAGUGCCAACAUCGUCGAUCGUGGAUGUACUGUCUUUCAUAGCAUCCCACUUGAUAGACAGUGAUAUUUCUAGCUCAGCUUCAACCUCGACCAACCGGUGGCGGCGAGCUGAGAGUACUGUCAACCUCGUUGUCUCUAUCUCGGAUUUUGAGAAGGUGUUGACGCCACAUACCACUGCCUCGGGUAUUCCUGGGCGUACCCUGUGGUAUGUGUUCCUAGACAAGCUGUGGAAGAUCGAUUCUCUCCAUGCCUUGCAUGAAUUCUUCGACAACUGUUCAUGUAUACUUGCCAAGACCAAGGAGGAACUUCGACGAGAUGCAGAAAUGGGAGUUCCGCCGGUUGCACCCGAGGUUAUCCAGCUGUCUCGUAACUCACCGUUCGGCGCGUUCGUGCGUAGGUCUCAACUCGAAUUCACGCGUCUUCGCUUCCAUGACGCCAUUGAGCUAUGGAAAGACUUUGUGAAGUACCGAGACACAACUGCAGCGUAUUAUAGAAAGAAGACACCAAAUUUUCAGUCGUUGAGCUUUGAUAACGUCCUUCUUACAAGUGAGAAUGAAUGGGGCCAAGCUGUGGAAGCAAUAACUUCAGUGACUUACGGCGAUGCGCUCAGAGACGAUUCACACGCGACUAUGCCAGUUAGCACGGACGACAUCGAGAAGCUCCUCGAAUUCCAAAUCGACCAGAUGCAAAAAUACGGGAAUAGGGUACCCCUAACAAUACGGCACCAAUUUCACGAUCUCGUUGUAGACAGCUCUAUGAUACCAAGUCUGUCACACUAUCUGAGCUAUUUGGAAGCUUGGAGAGCUGGUGAUUAUUCGACUUCUUUUGAUUACCUCCAUCGAUAUUUUGACUAUACGAUGCAGAACAGAGACAGAUCGUUCUAUCAGUAUGCACUGAUGAAUCUUGCUGUACUCCAAGCCGAUUUCGGGUGCCACAAAGAAGCAAUUGCCGCAAUGCUGGAAACAGUGUCAACAGCCAGGGAGAACCGCGAUAUGACCUGUCUCAAUUUCGCCCUUAAUUGGUUGUUUCACUUUGGGCGGGCGCAUCCCGAAGUUACACAGGAACUAGAGUCGAAGAGUCAGCUGGGCACAGGCAAAGAAUCCCUUGCAUUUCUACGAAGUAGAGCAAAAGAGACGGGAGCAUGGUCACUGUGGAGCUCUGCUCUUAUGAGCGAAGCGAAGAUGUGUCUUUCACAUGGUGAGAGUGUCGCUACCGCGCUGGAACAUCUUAUCCGAAGCUCGCAGAUAUUGGUCGAGCAAAACAUGAAGAGUAUGGUCGGGUCCCAGCAAUCGAUUAACAUAGCACUUUGGGACAGACUAGGUAUUGCAUAUUUAUCAGCGACCACAUGCGAAGUAUUUCUCCAAUGCCACGCUCGCUACUCGAUUUUUGACGAUGAGCUCAAGGUGACAAGUCGCCAGGCUUCAAUGCUGGCUUUAAAAGGCAAAUAUGACGAGGCAUUGGAGAAGCUUGGGAGCCUAGACGUAGAUUCUUUGCGGGCUUGGAAGCCAAGCCAAUACUGGCACAAAUUUAGAGGCAUCAUCGAAUUGAGGAGAGACCUACAUCACAACAAUCUCGAAGGUGCCGAGCUGUUACUUUCUCAAUUACUACAGUCUAAGACUGAAGAUCUGGAGCCUGAUCUAGCUUUCGCCAUUGACACGCUCCAUGUGGACUGCCUUGUUCGCCGAGGAAAUGUGGAAGACGCUUUUGAAAAGGUUGAAAAAAUGAUUGUGGAACUCCGGGACGAGAACAAGGACAUCGCUCUUCGACUACGACUUCUUCUCCUCAAGGCAGAGCUACUAGACAAAUGCGGCAGACCUCAAAGGGCAUUCACUAUCGUUGUACGUGCAGCUAAUGUUGCCUGGCGAGCGCGCCUCAUCCCCUACCUAUGGCCCGCUAUCGGUGCACUCGCCAACAUUCUGUGCUCACUUGGCGAGUUUGAGCCAGCCAUCCAGCUGUUACUUGCUGUCCUUCCACGCAGUCUAGAGUGCGAAAAUUCAGCUAUAACAGCGAAACUAUACUCACAUCUAGGAGAUGCAAAUGUGGGCAUGGCCGGCAAGAUGCCGCCCAAGUCCAACAAGCGCAGGGAACAUUUAAUGAAAGGGGUGGAGGCGAUCGAGAAGGCAUUUAACCACUACUCGAGUAUCGAAGAUAUCAACAAACAGUGUGAGAUGAUGGCCAAGAAGGCUACUAUCAUGAAGGUCGCGGGGGAUUGUGUUCUGGCAAAUGAUUACGCCGCAGCAUACCUAGCCUUACGCAAGGAUGCUGAUCAACUAAAGAUAUAGAGUCACGAGGCAAAACCUCGUAUCGAAUACCUACCCAGCUAGCUAGCUUUGCUAUUGUUGAGCAGAGGGUGGUCAUAAAACUCAUACC